CAAAAGCCCAACUGCUCGUCGUUUUCAUCAAGUCGGUCGCAUUUGCACUUUUCAAGUUUCAACCAGAGUUAACGCGCCAAUCGUCUCUGUUUUACAUCUCCGAACAAGUGUCUCUCGCUCUCUGCCUCUCUCUCCCUGUUGAUGCAAAACAAGGUAGAGCUAUAUUCAAAAAAAAAAAAAAAAAAAAAAAAGCAGGAAAGACUAGAAUGGGUGAUCACCUAGCUAAAGGAAAUGAAUUCGAGAAGAAAGCAGAGAAGAAGAUCAGUGGCUGGGGUUUAUUCAGUUCUAGAUACGAAGAUGCUGCUGACUUGUUCGCUAAAUCAGCCAAUCACUUUAAACUCGCCAAAUCUUGGGAUAAAGCUGGAUCAGUUUUCCUCAAAUUGUCAAAUUGUCAUUUGAAGUCGAAUAGCAAGCACGAGGCAGCCACAGCUUAUGUAGACGCUGCAAAUUGCUACAAGAAAACAUCGAUUAAAGGUGCUAUAUCGUGUUUUGGGCAAGCUGUGGAUAUUUUUUUGGAGAUGGGCAGGUAUAGCAUGGCUGCAAAGAAUUGCAAGGAAAUUGGUGAGUUGUAUGAGCACGAGGAUAAUAUUGAAGAGGCUAUUAUAUAUUUCGAACGAGCUGCUGAUUAUUUUGAAUAUCAAGAUGCAAGCUCCUCUGCUAACCAGUGCAAGCAGAAAGUUGCGCAAUUUUCUGCACAACUUGGACAAUAUCAGAAAGCCAUUGACAUAUACGAAGAGAUAGCACGACAGUCGCUCAACAAUAACUUGCUAAAAUAUGGAGUAAGAGGACAUCUUCUUAAUGCAGGCCUUUGCCACCUUUGUAGAAGCGAGUUUGCAAUAACCAAUGCAUUGGAGCGAUAUGAGGAAUUGGAUCCAACUUUUUCUAGAACUCGGGAGUACAAAUUUUUAUCUGAUUUAGCUCUCGCAAUUGAUGAGGAGGAUGUUGCAAAAUUCACUACCAUCGUCAAGGAAUUUGAUAGCAUCACCAAACUGGAUUCUUGGAAGGUCACUCUGCUGUUGAGAAUAAAAGAUGCUCUCAAGGCCAAAGAAUUAGAGGAGGAUGAUUUGACCUGAAUUAUCGAACAGACUUUCUCUCUCUCUUUCUCUUUGUCAAUUUGGUAAAUGGCUAUUAGCGUUUGUAUAUAAUUUUUAGUUUGAGAAAAUAUUUUAUAUUGUUUGAUUGUAAGAUUCGUUAAAAAUAUUUUUCUAAUUCUCUUUAUGUAUUGGAGAAAUUACUUUGAUAAUAAUAUUGAGGCUUUCUUGGAACUGUUUUUUCAAAA